CGCGCGCCUCACUCGUACUCUGACCGCCGCGCGCGCCGCACUCAUGAUCCUACCCACGAGAGCCAUGUCCCCGCCACACGGCGUAUACACCGCGCCGCCUCACGACGAAGAGCCCGUGUCCCGGACCUACCAGUACAGGAAGGUCAUGAAACCUAUGCUGGAAAGAAAGCGACGCGCCCGCAUCAACCGCUGCCUCGACGAACUCAAAGAUCUAAUGGUCACAGCCCUGCAGGCGGAAGGCGAAAACGUCUCCAAACUAGAGAAGGCAGACAUCCUCGAGCUGACAGUGCGACAUCUUCAUAGCCUUAAGAGGAGAGGGCAACUAGUGUUGAAACAUGAAAUGUCGUAUGCGGAGCGAUUUCGUGCUGGCUUCACACAGUGUGCGACUGAAGUGUCCCAAUUUAUUGCAAACGCCACCCUCGCUGCCAACGCGAUGCAAAGACAGGGUCCAGUGGACCCUCAGGCGGGUGCGAGACUCCUGCAGCACCUCAGCAACUGCAUACGAAGGCUUGAAAGUCCUCAGGUAGUGCAGCCGCAGCCGAUCGCACCCGGCGGGGUUGCGAGGCCCACGCCCUUGCAGGCAAUACCGGGCCCGCAUCCGCAGCAAACCUUGGCUAUGGGUCCGCAUGAGCGAGGCAUGAAGAGGCCAGCAGACGUGAUCGGGCAGGGCGGCGAAGAGGUGAGCUCAAAGCGGGCGUACGCGCCGCCCUCGCCGCCGCACAGCCCCGCCUCCGAGCCCGACCCCGCCCAAUCGAUGUGGCGACCCUGGUGACCGCCGCUGAGACGAUGCCAACGUGUCCCUGAUCUCGCAACCUAUACUUCCAGGACUGUGUGACCGGAUGUGUGAUAUAGAGUUAUGUUUGACCCAGUUAACGUUCCUAGAACCGAUGUGUGUUGAAAAACGAAUUGUGAUUCGUUCGCUUUGCUUGUUGAAGUUUUGUUUUUAAUUUAAUAAAAUAAGGUUUUUUGUUUUAAA